AAAAUUUUGUCUGAAAAGGAAAACCACAUAAUUGCAUUGUCAGUACAAGGUAAUUUGGAGAUUCCUAUCUUUUCUUCAGCGUGUUCAUGCAGCACGUCCUAGUAACUCCAACUCACUCACUUUUCUCGUAACAGUUCUCCUGUUAUUCAUGAUUCUGAACUCUCACCAGAUGUCACCAAAUUUUCUGCUCUGGCUUGUGCUUGGUGUUUUCUUUAUGGCUACAAUGCUAAGGAUGUAUGCAACAUGUCAACAGCUUCAAGCACAGGCCCAAGCUCAUGCAGCAGCAGCCAGUGGCCUUCUUGGCCACAUAGAACUACGGUUGCAUAUGCCGCCAUCAAUAGCACUUGCAAGCCGAGGGCGUUUGCAGGGUCCUAGACUUCAACUGGCACUUCUUGUGAGAGUUUGAUGAUCUAGGUUUAGUGACAGACAAUACUGUAGGAAUAGAUUAAUUCUUUAUUUAUAUUUAUCUAGUUUUUAGUGACAGUCAUUAUUGUAGGUAGAAAUCAAAAACAUAUAGUGACAAUCAUCAGAACAUGUAGCGACAGUCCUCAAAGUGUAGCAGGACGCCCCCUUAAAGUUGACACUAGAUUUGAGUGUCACUCAAAGUAUUAUUGACUUUUACCUACAGUUUUUAACUUUUAGUGAAA